CCAGGCACUUCUCUCUCCCUCUUAACCUUAAAAAGGCUUUUUAGCAUUUGCUUUGCCUAGUCUCUGGAAAACAUCUGAAUCAUUUUAACUAACUCCAGCUGUCGCCCUGGUGUGGGUGUGUUAGAAAGUGAGUGCAUGGCCGUAUCUGAAUGAGAGGAGACUCGCGCGAGGGUGACGUUUAGAUAACAAAAAAGAAAAAAAAAAAAAAAAAAAUUGAUAUUUUUGCGUCUCUUUUUUCUCUCGGUAUGAACGCAGAUACGUGCGUCUCAUACUGCGAAAUGACAUCCAUGGAUUCAUAUUAUUCAUCACCAUCGGGGCAAGGAAGAAUCCAGCAGGCCAAUCCUUACAGGACAUUCCAGCCGAGUGACUUGAAAUAUAGUCCCACUUUUUUGCCAGGCAAAGGUCAAGUUUACGGGGACAAGCCGAGGAGCCCAUACCAACAGGAGUGCCAGCCACUGGAUGAUGGCACACAAGAGAGCGCUUAUAAGUACCAUCUAUUCAUGCAAAGACCCACAUGCAAAACUCCCCCCGAAGACAGCAAACUCCACCAGGUCGGCGCACUUAUCUCCUGCUAUGGUAAAGAUGGCACUGGAAUGACAGACACAGAGUUGCCUCAAUCUGCCGAUCCCACAGGUAUGGAUAAUAGUUACAUCGAUGUGAAAGACCCUGGAGUCAAAGGCACUUCAGAGCAUCCUGUCUCUGAGCUUGGCAGUCCUCUGAACAAAAGUGAACCCGAGAGCAACAAAGGCAAGAAGAGAAGAAAUCGUACCACUUUCACCAGUUACCAGCUGGAGGAGCUGGAGAAGGUUUUCCAGAAGACACACUACCCAGAUGUCUAUGCCCGGGAGCAGCUGGCUCUCAGAACGGAUCUCACAGAAGCAAGAGUGCAGGUGUGGUUUCAGAAUCGUCGUGCUAAAUGGAGAAAAAGAGAACGCUUUGGUCAGAUGCAGCAAGUUCGGUCUCACUUCUCAACAGCCUAUGAGCUCCCUCUUACAAGACCAGAAAAUUAUGCACAGAUUCAAAAUCCAUCAUGGCUAAGUGGCAGCAGUGCAGCCUCACCAGUGUCUGGCUGUGUUGUACCCUGUGACACAGUAGCAUCCUGCAUGACCCCUCACCCUCACUCUGCUACUGGCUUGUCUGAUUACCUGGGUAUGCCCAGUCCUGGCGGGAACAUGGGACAAACGCACAUGGGCAGCCUUUUUAGCAACCCGGGAGUGUGUGGAACCAUGAAUAGCUUUGAACUCAACGCUGAACCAGAUCGCAAAUCCUCCAGCAUUGCCAGCCUGCGCAUGAAGGCAAAGGAACACAGUGCUGCAAUCUCAUGGGCCACAUGAUGCUCUCAUCUGGGGCACAGAGGACCAGACAACCUCAGCCCUGAGCUGUCAGCACUAAAGAGGUGAAAUGUAUGCCAUCUGGAGCCAAUAUGGACAAUAGAAAUGGAUACCAGCAGACUUACAAUACUCUGCUUGGAGAAGCCUUCAUUUUUUUUCUUUUGUUUUAGAGGAAGUGAAUGGUGCAGUGGGACAGGGCGUUUAAAUGUGAGGAAACUGAUUUUAUCAAGAAAAUGACUUCUGCUGGAGCACCAUCAAAAAUAUAUUUCAGUAUCUGUAACCAGACAUAAAGGGUAAAAAGUUGACUUUACAAGGGUGCAUCAGUUCAAGUGUGCUUACCGUCUCCUGUGACAUGACUGAAACUAGAAUGUAAUUGAGUUUUCAUAAUCAGUGAUGAGUGCAGAUUCAGAGGUACGAUUUUACACUCUAACCUUACAUUUUGACUCCAUUGACGAUUAGGUUUAGGGUUGGGGAUGAAGUAAAAAAAAAAAAAUGCAUUUCUCUUCACUGUAUUACAUAAUUUACAGCUGAAAACAACUUGCUUUACAACUCACUUUUGGCACCACUCUGAGGGCAUUUCACUCAGAAAAUGGAGUGUGCCCUUAUAUUAAAAAACUAUUUCUGCUUCGACAGUGGGCAGUGCUUUAAAUAUUGGUAAGCACAGACCAAGUUUAGAUCAAGAAAAGUUAACCUAAUGUUUCCUAAUUCAUUAAAUUUCUGCACAACUAGCGCCACCUAAUGGAAUUGGAAAAUAAAUGUUAGUUUUCAAACAGUUUUCUGAAUACGCCCGUGUCUGCUGUUGACUGAACAAAGAUAGUUCCCAGCUCACCUCAUUGGUAAAGUCACUGUCAAUGUCGGUAUGGACGGGUUGCUCAAAACAAACAGAGGGUGCCAAAAUGUAUAUGGUGCCACAGAGACAGUGUUUACAGUUUUUGAUCAAAUUAACCUACAAUUGGCUUAAUUACAGUUGUCUCUGCAUAUUCAGCUGGAAUAAAAGAAAGUAUUUUAACAAACAAAAAAUUAAAACUUCAGCUUUAAGCUACUGUGCAAUGUAAUUGCCCCUAAACAAGCAUGUAAAUGCAAUUCGUUAUGUACUGCAAAUGCCAAAAUACCUUACAAGUCAUGCACUAUAGUAAAAGUGUUUUGAUGUCGUAAGAUAGCAUUGUGGAUUUCACCAGGAAAUGUCCACGAAACGUACAGCUAACCACAUAAAAACAUUUAGCAAAAAUGUAGGUAUUAUAACGUGUUUCUUUAAGACCAGUCAGGUUUUGAAUGCUGUUUUGGAGAGGCAUAAUCCUGGCACAGAUUUAGUAAAAGCCAGUAACUUCCUUCAAAAUUCUGUCUCCAUACUUUUGUUGGGAAUUUUGCAUGGAGCAGCAUGGAACCAUCUAGGCCUAUCUCAAAAAGUGCUAAAAACACUAAAUAGAAAGGACAUUCAUCCAUUCUACAUUAGCCAAUCAAGCACUAGGAUUGCUCAGAAGAACAGACCUUUUUCAUGAGAUAUCUACUGUGACAAUUUUGGUCAUUUGGUCAAGUUCCAGAAAUACUCCCUUUAAUCACAGCCACAUUCUCUAAACCAGAGGUAAUAGGACAUUGUUUCCAGAUAAAUGUUGGAAUGCUGUGCUUGUUUUGUAUUAGCAGGACAAAGCCCUAUCACUUGAGCUGGAACAUAAGCCUGACUUCAUUCACCAUAGGGCCUUUGCACCAGCACCAGCCCUAGUGUUUAGUGUCAGUCAUGGGCUGUGCAUAGUGGGUCAUCACGCAAAGGCUCUGCUUCAGAAGAGUCUGGAGAAACUCUAGGCUUGGCUGCAUUAUGGUUCACUAGCCAAUAAUGUGUGGCAAGAGGAAACUUGAUUAGAUUGAUAUUUCAUGUGCUUUUUUUAUCAGAUUAGGGAGAGGUACAUUCAAGUUUUAAAUUUAAAACUAAAUUAAUACUUCAGAUCCAUUUUAUGAGACCAUUUAAACAUCUAACUGAAAACCAUGCAUGAAGUACAAGUCCUGUUGCUGAAUUAGUCAAAUGAUCUGUCAGUUAUUGUCUCUUCAAAAAUAUGAAUGGCUCCUCUUCUGUAAAUCAAUGAAAGCAAAAAGCACUUUACAGAGUUUCUGAUUGAGAGGAGCCUUACAAAGCUUAAUUGUAUUUUAAAUUUGACAUUCAAAGGUGAACUGGUCUGUCCAAUUCUUUCCACAUUAAAUGCUUAGAAUCACAAAGUGAGAGGUCUAGUCAGUGAUAUAAGGUUAUUUUUUUCUACAGCAUGGCACCAUUGCUCCUCUAUCAUUUCCUCAGUGUAAAUACUACUGAGAUGUGCAGUUAAGCUUUAUUUUAUCAUCAGUUCUUUGUGUUUGUACAGCAAGCACUUUGGAUAAUAUGAUGAUGUGCUUAUUAUGUGUGUUUUAAUGAAUACAUUUAAUGAAUGAUAUCAUUUCCUGGUUUGGUCAUUAUUCUUGAUAACAUAACUAAUUUUGUUUUGUAAAAUGAUGUCUACAUUUACCCUGAAAAUAUGAUAUGAGUUUGUAUUGUAUGUCUCUGAUAUAAUGCAGGCAUUUAAGACCAGAUGGUGUUUUGAAAUAAAUUAAAUUGAGAUGGAUAUGGAAACGCUUAUGACUAAAUAAACACAUUUU